GGGCCUUGGGGCAGGUGUACGGAGACGCGAGGGGCGGUGCUGACCUCCUGCUGCAGAGUCCGGGAGCUGCCACCGCCGCCGCUGCAACCAACGCUGCAACCAACGCUUGCAUGAGCAUUUAGCAAAAUCCAGGCAUGGCUGACUCUUUCAGUCAAGAGACCGUUUUGGAUUACCUCCUUCAGCACCGCGGGAAGGUGAGGAAUGCGGAUUUAGUCGCCCAUUUCAGGCUCUUCCUGAGCGACCCCGAGCGGCGGCUGCAGAACCGCGAGCACUUUAAGAAGUUUGUCAACUCGCUGGCCGUGGUGAAGGUGGAAGACGGCGUCAAGUACGUCCUUCUGAGGAAGAGAUAUGUGGAAUUCAUUCCCGAAGAAGUAUCCUGUUCUGGCGACUCGGGGCUCGGGCGUGCAGAUACAGGAGAGAAUGAGGGGAUCUCGCCUGCGGACACCAGGCAGGUUCCGCAUCUACCGAGUGAACCCGGAGCCGAUGUAGGGCUUCAAGGGCUCGGGGCACCGAAAGGGAGCGACAAGAGUCGCCAGUCUCCCAGAAGUUCAACCGGAGCGGUGUCGGACGUGUCCCGGGCUGUUGUACAGGCGGCAAAGGACCGGGCGAAAGGGUUACUAGGUGGAGACCGCGCUUCUGUGGCGAGUCUCACACAACUUGAGGCCAGGGAAGGUCGCGAAAGGGCCAGCGGGGACCAACCCCGGGGUCAAAAGGAUCUCACGGCAGCAAACAACAAGGUCGAGGAUUCGGUUGCUCGCAAGUCAAAAGUACUGAGGUCUGGAGAUCGUGAAAUAAACUCUGCAGCGAAUGUUUUGUGUACGGGUGAGGCUGCCAGGUUGUUAAACGAUGAAGGCAAUCGCGCCAACAAUUUCGAUGAACCUGUUUUAGGUUCUUCCACAGCCUCGCCUAUCCUUUCUUAUGCCGCCCCGCCUGUUGCUCAACAUAAAGGGAGUGGGAGACCUGCCCAUAAAAAACUUCCCAACAGCAGUGCUGAGAUUAUAUCUGUAAAACCCGUUCCUGAAAAAACAUCGCAUAAAUCUGAACAUAAUUCCUUCGCGAAUUUCGUGGAAGUCAACCCUUCUCAGAGGAUGGAGGGAAUUGCAUCUUCUCCCAGUGAUACAGCAUUGAUCAACCAUCGUGUAAGCCCCUCAUCAUCGAAGAAACACAGCAGCAACGCAAAAAUAUGGCAAGAACAAUCAGCUGGUGGCGACGCUAUGCUAUUUGUAAGUUCAGAAGAAUGUAUCCCAACGAAGCAGGGGAAACUGAAUGAUAGACUACAUGCUGGAAAUGGGCAGCAAAUGGGUAACAGUCAGCAUCGUGAAGGAGAAAACACAUCAGCCAAAAACCAUGCGUCUCCUAAAGUGACCAGGAGCAAGGAGCUUCCUCACAAAAUCCAACCAUUGUCACCAGUCAAUAACCAUCACACUGUUUGUAAAAUGACUGAUAAAAAUUUAUCUCGGAACGCAAGGGAUCGGCCAGAAUGUUUGGUCCAGGCAACGAGCCUCAAGGAGCAGAAAAAAGAGGAACUGUCAGAAGUGAAAGAGCGAUCCGACGAUUCUUCAUUGGUUCCACUCGAUUCUAAAGAGCAUGAAUGGAUAGUGAAAACAUCUGCGGGUAUGUUUGAAGAGGCCUGCGCCUUGUUCUCCGAGGACCCCAGCAUUGGCAUGAAAAAGGAUUUUAUUUCUGGAUAUACAAUACUUCACUGGAUAGCAAAGCAUGGCAACUACCAUGCACUCAGUAAAUUCUUUGGUUGUGCAAGGAAACAGAGAACAAAAUUAAACGUGAACAUUAAAUCUACCUGUGGGUACACUCCUCUGCACAUAGCCACAAUGUAUGGACAACUAAAAGUCAUUAAAUACUUAGUUAACAAAUAUCAUGCAAAUUUUAAUAUAAGGGACCAUAGUGGCAAAAAACCCUGGCAGUACCUGAAUUGUGAUGCUUCUGCAGAUGUGUUCUACAUGUUGGGUGCUCCUGAAUGUAAGCAAGCAAAGCCUGCACAGAUAAACAGUACAUUUUCAGCAAAGGGCAUCAGUAGACAAAAAUCAUCUCCUACUGUUAGUAGAAAAACAUCAUUUUCUGCUCUCCUUAAAUCCCCUCAUCUAAUGCAAAAAUUUAUGAACUUGAGCUCUGAUAAUUUGUUUGCAAUAAGUGAGGAAGAUGAGAAAAAUAAAAACUGAAUACAGCCAAAUCUAAAUAAUUCAGAAUAUCUUAUAUACAAUAUUUACUUGUAUUCAUUACGAUUGUGUUUUAGCAAUAUAAUUUAUUCAGAAACCUAUUGUGUUUUGAAGCAAACUAAUUUUCUUUAAAUAUUUUAUUAAGUUUUAUCUCCAAAGUCAAGUUUAGACCAUGGAACAAUCAUAAGAAUCAUUGCAUUCAUUAUUAAAUUAAAAUAUAAUAAAUUGUGAAAUGGGAUUUUAAAUUACAGACAUUUUCAUUUAUUGUUUUAAUCUGCAUAAAGAUCCCUCUUGUUUUCCACCACAUCUGGUGCCUUAAUUGUAAAUGUCAGCAAUGUAAUUAUGGGGGAGCAUGCACACUGUUCUGAUCCAAAAUCUGAUUUUUUCCUUGCAGCAUAAUUCAUGCUGCAGGGAGAGUUUCCUUUCCCAUUUUUAAGGUCAUGGAUAGCUACCUUAAUUGUACUCUUGGUUAUUAUAUAUAUUCAGUUGUGACAAUUAUACUUUUAUUCCUCCACUUGCCCCCCAUUUUAAAGACUGAUGGUGUGUGCCCUGUUCAUAUCUGUCAUGAUUAGAUGUCAUGUUCAAUUCAUAUUCGGCCUUUAACAAAUUCUACAACAUGCUGGAGAUGGGAAUCCCAGCUUUCCUGAUAUGUUAGAAGAUCAUAAAUUCUUGGCUGUUUUCCUGAGAAAGCAGCUCACUGGCCUGGGAGAGGUAGGUUGAGCAGAGAAAGUGAAUGUAGAUUGAGAAAGAAAAUGGUAAAAUCAUGGAUUGGGAAGUAGUCACUACAUGAGAACCAGUAACCCCUGAGAUAUAUAAUGGAGAUUUCUAAUAUACACUCAUACCAGUCUACAACUUUCUCCAUCAAUCUUUGGCCUGUCCUUCGUGCAGCUUCCAGUGGGGUUCCAGUGGUCAUACUUGCAUUUAGAAAUCGGUGCUGAUAGUUUAUUGAUAUAAAGUUCAACCUGGGGUGUCAGUGUUUGUUCAAAUCAAAUUUGGGGAUUCAUUGGGUGUUUGCGGGAUUGGAAUGCACGCAGGGACCAAGACGCUAAUGUAGGCUCGAUGAUGAAAAGUAAAACAUUUUAGCAUCCCUUUGCAAUAUUGUAUCCUUUCUUUUCAACUCCAAUCCCAUCAUCUCCCAUCUCCUGAGCUCUUCCCCACUUCAAUCAUUUUUCUGUCCUUCUGUCAACAAUAACCUUUUAUAGUUUUAUCAUGGCAUUUUAAUUGAGCAAACAUAUACUGCUUUGCAGGAGUGUUCGUAGAUAAAAGUAGACUCUGAGUCAUCCAAAAAUACAUUCUAUCUGUUCAAAUGGCAUGCACACCACUUAUCCACAACUAUCCAUAUUACCUCAACAUUAAAGCAUUUUCAGAAGAUAGACACAAAAAUCUGGAGUGACUCAGCAGGUCCGGCAGCAUCAUUGAAAUUAAUUGGAUACAUUUUAUUAGCUAGGUAUGUAUACAUGCAAGGAAUUUGUCUUGGUGCUUUGCUCGCAAGUAACAACACAAUAUACAGUAAACAAUUAAGAAUAAAACAUAAUUUAACUCAUUAUGGCCUUUUAACUCAUGGAAAAAAAGCCUUUUUUAUAUCUGGCUGUGGUGACUUUGACAGUCCGGAGUUGCCUUGCAAAAGGAAGUGCUUCAAAGUUUGUCGCCAGGGUGAGAGGGGUCAGAGAUGAUCUUACCCGCUCGCUUCCUGGCCCUUGCAGUGUACAGUUCGUCGAUGGGGGGGAAGGUUGCAGCAAAGGGGCUGCUGAACAAAGUUGAACCAGGGUCAGUUGAACAAAGGGGACUAGAAGGCGUGAGAGAGGAGCUGGCCAAGGUCGACUGGAAAAGGAUCCUAGCAGGAAUGACGGUGGAACAGCAAUGGCAGGAAUUUCUGGGCAUAAUCCAGAAGAUGCAGGAUAAUUUCAUUCAAAAGAGGAAGAAAGAUUCUAAGGGGAGUAAGAGGCAACCGUGGCUGACAAGGGAAGUUAGGGAUGGAAUAAAACUAAAAGAAAAAGUAUAUAACAUAGAAAAGAGCAGCAGGAAGAAAGAUUGGGAAACUUUCAAAAAACAGCAGAUGGUAACAAAAAGGGCAAUACGGGGUGAAAAGAGGAAGUACGAGGGUAAGCUGGCCAAGAAUAUAAAGAAGGAUAGUAAAAGCUUCUUUAGCUAUGUUAAGUGAAAAAGAAUAGUAAAGACAAAUGUGGGUCCCUUGAAGGCAGGAAAAGGUGAAAUUAUUAUGGGGAACAAGGAAAUGGCAGAAGAGUUGAACAGGUGCUUUGGUUCUGUCUACACUAAGGAAGACACAAAUAAUCUCCCAGAUGUACUAGAGGACAGAGGGUCUAAGGAGACAGAGGAACUGAAAGAAAUUUGCAUUAGGUGAGAAAUAGUAUAGGGUAGACUGAUUGGACUGAAGCCUGAUAAAUCCCCAGAGCCUGAUGGUCUGCAUCCCAGGAGGAUUGGCUCUGUAAAUCGUGGACGCAUUGAUGAUCAUUUUCCAAUGUUCCAUAGAUUCAGGACCAGUUCCUGUAGAUUGGAGGAUAGCUAAUGUUAUCCCACUUUUCAAGAAAGGAGCGAGAGAGAAAACUGAGAAUUAUAGACCAAUUAGCCUGACCGGUGGUGGGGAAGAUGCUGGAGUCAAUUAUUAAAAAAGUAAUAACGUCUCAUUUGGAUAGCAGUUAAAGGGUUGGUCCAAGUCAGCAUAGAUUUAUGAAGGGGAAAUCCUGCUUGACUAAUCUUCUGGAAUUUUUUGAGAAUAUGACAAAUAAAAUGGAUGAAGGAGAGCCAGUGGAUGUAAUGUAUCUGGAUUUUCAGAAAGCCUUCGAUAAGGUCACACACAGGAGAUUAGUGGGCAAAAUUAGAACAUAUAUAUUGGAGGUAGGGUAUUGACAUGGAUAGAGAAUUGGUUGGCAGACAGGAAUCAAAGUGUAGGAAUAAACUGGUCCCUGUAAGAAUGGCAGGCAGUGGUGAGUGGAGUGACGCAAGGCUCGAUGCUGGGGCCGCAACCAGCAUCUGCAGUUCCAGAAGGAAAUAGGCAACAUUUCGGGUUGAGACCCUUCUUCAGACUCAAGACCCGAAACUUAGCCAAUUUCCUUCGCUCCAUAGAUGCUGCCUCAUCCGCUGAGUUUCUCCAGCAUUUUUGUCUACCUUCAGUACUCCAAGUAAAUUUGUUUAUUCGAACAGUGACCAAAGUUUUAAUAGCAUUCUGACUGCAGCUAAUUGAGUAGUUAUUUACACACACACACCAGCAACGUGACUACAAUUGUGAAGUAUAUAUAUAUGCUAACAUUAAUUAUAUUCAUAGAUAUAUCUAUGUAUACCAAAAACAUGCCAGUACUCUGAGCAUGUUUGUGCAUCCUGACACUAUUCAAAUGUAUCUAAUCCUACAAUGUAAAAUGUCAAUAAUUGAG